AUGGCCACAUCCGGGGACCUGCCAACUGGCUUUGGGGAGCUUGAGGUGCUGACUGUGGGCACCGUGCUGCUGGUAGAAGCUCUCUCUGGUCUCAGCCUCAAUGGUCUGACCAUCUUCUCUUUCUGCAAGACCCGGGAGCUGCGGACUCCCAACCACCUGCUGGUUCUGAGCUUGGCCGUGGCAGACAGUGGGAUCAGCCUGAAUGCCCUGAUUGCCGCCAUCUCCAGCCUCUUACGAUCACCUGGGCCCAAUGUCUCCAACAGGCACUGGCCCUAUGGUUUGGAGGGCUGCCAGGCUCAUGGAUUCCAGGGCUUCGUCACAGCAUUGGCCAGCAUCAGCGGCAGCGCAGCCAUUGCCUGGGGACGCUGUCAUCAUCACUGUACCCGCAGCCUGCUGGGGUGGGACACAGCCGUUUCCCUGGUGAUCUUCGUGUGGCUGUCCUCUGCCUUCUGGGCAGCUUUGCCCCUGCUAGGCUGGGGUCACUAUAACUAUGAGCCUUUGGGGACCUGCUGUACCUUGGACUACUCCAGGGGUGACAGAAACUUCACCAGCUUCCUCUUCACCAUGGCCUUCUUCAACUUCCUAGUGCCCCUGUUCAUCACACUCACCUCCUACCAGCUCAUGAAGCAGAAAUUCGCAAGGAGUGGCCGUCUCCAGGUGAACACCACUCUGCCAACCAGGACAUUGCUGUUGGGCUGGGGUCCCUAUGCCCUCCUGUAUUUUUAUGCAGCCAUCAUGGAUGUGAACUCCAUCUCCCCCAAGCUGCAGAUGGUGCCCGCCCUUAUCGCCAAAAUGGUGCCCACAGUCAAUGCUAUCAAUUAUGCUCUGUGCAAUGAGCUGCUCUGCGGGGGAUUCAGCCUGGGUCUCUUGCCCCAGAAGGGCAAGCAGGACCGCACCCAGUGA